CCACUGCAUUGAAAUCCAUCCAAAGACAAAGCCUCCACUGGUUUAGACGGUUAGCAGACCCAGUCCCAACAAUGCCCAGAACCGAUAAAUUACAUAUAGUGGUAUUCCCAUGGCUAGCUUUCGGCCACAUGAUACCAUUUCUCGAGCUGGCCAAGCGCUUAGCUCAGAAUGGCCAGAGAGUCUCCUUCAUCUCCACCCCUAGAAACAUCGCUCGCUUGCCGCAGCUGCCUCCUGAUUUGGUUCCUCUCGUUGAUUUCGUCAGCCUUAAUCUGCCCGUCGUCGACGGCCUGCCGGAAAACGCCGAGGCCACCAUUGACGUCCCUACCGACAAGGUCCAUUGCCUCAAGAAGGCCUACGACGGGCUCCGGACCGAGUUGACUCUGCUCUUACAGACUUCGGGGCCCGACUGGAUUAUUUACGAUUUUGCCCCGCACUGGCUUCCCCCAAUCGCGGCCAAGCUGGGCAUCUCACGCGCCUUCUUUAACGCCGUCAACGCGUGGUUCUUGGCCUUCUUGGGGCCGUCGUCGGCCAUGAUCGACGGCUCUGAUCCGCGGAAGGAGCUCGAGGAUUUCACGGUCCCACCAAAGUGGAUCGCAUCUGAUUCGAAUUUGGCCCACCGUUACUACGAGAUCAAGUGGAUCGCAGAGGCGGCGCAGGACAUCACGGCCGAUGUUCUGGACACGUAUCGUCUCGGGUCGGCGAUUAUCGGCUGUGACGUGCUGGCCACGCGCGAUUGUCUUGAGUUCGAAUCCCAUUGGCUGGGGCUCGUCCAGGAGCUUAACAAACGGCCAGUGGUCCCCGUGGGCUUAAUGCCGCCCUCGGUGCACGGUGGAACUAAAGAGUCAAACAACACGUGGACUACAAUAAGUGGCUGGUUGGACAAACAUAGCAAGGGCUCUGUGGUCUACGUGGGACUCGGGAGUGAGUUGGCACUGGGUCAAGAAACGCUGACCGAGUUGGCUCUCGGGUUGGAAUCGUCCGGGUUGCCCUUCUUUUGGGCGCUAAGGAAGCGGCCUGGGUCGGGCGAUUCCGACUCGGUGGAGCUGCCCGACGGGUUUGAGGAUCGGAUGGAAGCCGAAGGGAGGGGGAUUGUGUGGACGAGUUGGGCGCCGCAACUCAGGAUACUGGGGCAUGACUCAGUGGGCGCAUUCUUGACUCACUGCGGGUGGAGUUCGAUAAUUGAGGGGCUCCAGUUCGGGCGUCCGUUGAUAAUGCUGCCGUUCAUGGUGGAGCAAGGAUUGAACGCCAGGAUAUUUGAGAAAAAGGAGGUGGGGAUAGAGAUACCCAGAGGUGAACGAGAUGGGGUGCUGACUCGGAACUCGGUGGCCGAGUCGGUGAGUUUGGUCAUGGACGAACAGAAGGGAAAAGUAUACAGGGAUAAAGCUACAGAGAUGAUGGCUGUGUUUGGCGACGACCGGCGACAUGAGCAGUACAUAGAAAAAUUUGUAGCCUAUCUUCAAAGCCAUAGAUAGAUCUGGCCUGCACCCUCCCCAGUUCUAGCCCGUGCAUAGGAGGAAGGUAAUAGGGCUAUUCCCUAAUUGUCAUGCUUACUUCAUGCCAGCAUGUUGCUGCACCGUAAAG